AACGAAGCGAAUCAGUGGCUUCUGCAGAAGCAGUGAACAGCUGAGCUGCUCUUGGUGAUAUGUGGCUGUGGCUGAGACCGAGGACGAUCACUUUGAUUCUAACACCUGUUUGUCCCUUCGAUGAGCACAGCAUCUGACCCUUGCGCUGUGAAAUCAAGAAGGGCGUACGAUGUCGCCAGCUUUGAUGCACUGACCGAAAUAGGAUUUCGGUAAGACUACUUCAGACCACAUCUCACGACCCGAUGAAUAUGCGCAUCAACUCCGAACAUACCCACUCUCAGAGAGGGAAGCUCCUGGCACUCUCCUCGCGUCCGAUGCCGCAAUGGGGCCUGUCGCUGUCAUGAUCCAUGAACUGCAAUUCGGCAUCAGAGCAGACGGCUCAGCGUACAGUCCUGGGCGUGGAGGCUGGCCAGGUUGGUGAACUCAGGCCUUACACCUUGAUCAAUUAUCCAUGACUGCCUGUUCGACGACACAGAGACAUGCGUGAGAGGAAGGUGUCCAUCGCAUUCUGCCUGUCACCAGGACGAGCAUGAUACUCGAAUGGCUGAAAGGGCACAUUAGUUAAAUCCGAGCCUUUACAUGGAUUUGCGACAAAAAGUUUAUCUGCUACAGGUGCCCAGGUACGCAGUACAGUGUACUGAAGCCCAAUUAAAAUAUCGCAUGGAUAUGAUUCCAGGUCAACUUCGAGUCGUGAAUCAGGAUACUCUGACAACGCUUGCGCUGUGUGCAAUCUACCCUCGGCCUAAAACUGUUUUCUCUAGACACUCUAGAGCGCGCUCUUGACCACUCUCGUGCUUAUGUCAUACACGUCACCCUGCGCUCGAUCGUUUGAUUCUCUCUCUCUCUCUCUCUCUCUCUCUGAAUUAACAGAAACAUGGGGCCGAAAUGUAAGGUGACAAGGCUGGGCACAGGCUGACUCGAUCCGAUCGUGCGAAUGGGCACAGCAGCAACACCUGCCUGAGACUGCCUGCCCGCUGCGUUGCGAUCCUGUCUGCCUAGAACAGCCGAGAUGGGAGACAUCGAUGCUGCAGGACGAGAGUAUCGAGCUCGGCUCGGCUUGGCUUCGGCAAGAGAAUCGAAACGUGAUCGAGAGGUGGAAGAGGACGGAAUUAGCUGCGAAUAUGACGAGCCCUUGACCGAGCGAUGGAUUCGCUUUUCCGAACGCGCACCAUGCUCGCGGCGUAGCCUUGCUGGUGGAUGUAGCCUUGGGUAGAUGAUCCUCGUAGAACAUGCUGGCCUUGCUUGCAUGUGCAUCAACCGUCCCCCUCCAUGUCUAGCUUCUGCUGCUGCUGCUGCUCUCGCAAGAUCGGGCACGUGUUCGUUUCCUGUUUGGCAGCAGAAAUCCUACACGCCCUCGCGUACAUCGUACAUGGCAGAAUGUAUACUGAACGAGGAGUAUAUCGUACGAGGGUGCCUCCCGUCCCAAUCCCCAUGGCCUGCCCUGCCCUGCCCUCACCCUCAAAAGUCACCGACUUCUCCGUCCCGUCGUCGUCGAUCGGCAAUUUCAGAUUCCUCGCAGAGCCUCCUGCCGAUCGUUCGACUUCCGCUGCGCCGGAUGGGACCCGAACGCAUUCCAUUCGUGGUGGUGGUCGGAGCGCAGCAUGCGAGCGAGGCGUGGACUAUCAUUUCGCCGAUGUCGUUGUUCGUUUGUUCGUGGUAUCGCGGGACGGGCCGGGGCCAGUGGGGCCAAAGAAGAAGAGCCUCGACGAAGAGGAGAAGGAGAGAAAGCUCGAAACAUAGUGCGCGCGUGGCGAAUUGUGGCUGGCCUGCCUGCCUGCGCUCAGAUGGUUGCAGACGACGAAGAGAGUGAGUGAGUGAGUGACUGAGUAAGACACAUUACGGUGGGUGGCGUCGAGUUUCAGGUGGCUACGUUAGGUCUGGCACCGAAUGCAUGCACGCAUAGCUCUUCCCCUUUCGCUUUCGCCAUCGCUAUCGCUCGUGGGCCAAGCUUGCGAGCAGAGAUCCAUCGUAGACAGACACACGGACAGACAGCCAGCCAGCCAGUCAGACAGACAGACAGGCUCGUCGAGAGGGCGAGAGGAGGAGGAUGACUAGUCGUAGCUCCAUGGCCCCGCGGGGUGGGGUAGAGACAGCUUCCGUUUCAGGCGAGAUGAGAUGGCGAUGG